CUCCCCAACAUGGCGGCCGCACCUCUCCCGCUCCCGUUGGCGGCCAGGUUGUGGCGCCCGGCCCGUCCCUCCCCGCCCAGUCCCUCCCCACCGUGCCCGCGGCCGCGGGGCGAGGCCGCUCCGCACCUCAGCGCGAUGGGGCGGGCGAGCGGGAGGCUGCCCGCGGCGGCGCCGCUCUUCUACGGGGCGUUGGCGGCGCUGACGCUGCUGGGGGUGCGCGACGUGCUGUUCCUCUACGAGGAGAACCGCUGCAGCAUGACCUACAUGUUCGAGUACCCCGAGUACCUGAAAAUAAAAUUACCAAAGAAAACAGCCAGGCGAUAUCCAGCAUAUGAGCUCUAUCUCUACGGGGAGGGGAAUUAUGCUGAAGAAAACAAAAAUCUAGUAUUGACAGGAAUUCCAGUUCUCUUUCUUCCCGGGAAUGCUGGCAGUUACAAACAAGUGCGUUCUCUUGGAUCCAUUGCACUUAGAAAAGCAGAAGAUCUUGAUUUCAAGUAUCAUUUUAAUUUCUUCAGUGUCAACUUCAAUGAGGAGUUGGUUGCACUGUAUGGUGGUACUCUCCAACGACAGACCAAAUUUGUGCAUGAAUGCAUAAAAGUAAUUCUUAAGUUGUACAGGGAUCGAGAAUUUGCACCAAGCAGUGUGGCAAUAGUAGGCCAUUCCAUGGGUGGUCUUGUUGCAAGAGCAUUGCUUACCCUGAAGAAUUUUAAGCCUGAACUUAUAAAUCUCCUCAUUACACAAGCUACACCUCAUGUUGCACCUGUAAUGCCUUUGGAUAAGUAUCUUACUGAUUUUUAUACAGCUGUAAACAAUCAUUGGAUUCUAAACGCCCAAGAGUUAAGAAAUUUAACUACCCUUUCUGUGGCGGGAGGAUUCAGAGAUUACCAAGUUCGUUCAGGACUGGCUUUUCUACCAAGAUUGAGUCAACAAGACAGUGCCUUAUCUGUUGUGAGCUCGGCUGUGCCUAGAGCUUGGGCCUCAACAGACCAUCUCUCCAUAGUGUGGUGCAAAGAAUUGAUCCUGGCUACCAUUAGAGCUUUUUUUGAUCUCAUAGAUGAAAACACAAGACAGAUAACUGAGGAUCCCAAGAAGAGAAUGUCUGUACUGAAUCACCACUUUGUGAGACACCCUGGAAAGAUAUUUGAGGAAAAUCCUGAAGCUUUUACAGAACUUACAGGAGAUUUCAUGUGGAUUGAAGUCAAAACCUCAAAAUGGACUUACUCUGUUUACAAUGAUUCAGAUGGAAAAUAUUUUGUGUUUCCUCUUGCAAGCCACAGAAAAUCAUACAGUCAUGUUUACUGUGAAAACAGUAUGUUGGACACAAGUAGCUGGAUUUAUGGCUGUAUGGACAGCAAUUCUUCAAUGUGUCUGGAAGCUACUGAUUUAUCCUGGAGAGCUGAGUUACUUCCAACCAUCAAGGUUGUAAUACUGAAACUUCAGGAUUAUCCUUCUUUGUCCCACAUUGUCAUUCUUGUACCACCCACGGUCGGCAAUAAGUUUGCUUUGGACUGUGAAUUCUUCAAAGAGGAUUCCAGAACAGUACAGCUUCCUGUAACGAAUCUUUUUUCCUUUGGCCUUUCUUCAAGCAAGAUUCUGUUAAAUUCAACUGGCUUACUUUACAACGUUCAGCUCCAGCACUUUAACCAAGUAUAUCAAGCUUUCAGAAUAUAUAUAGAGAGCCACUGCCAGUCACCCAAAGAAAAAAAUAGUGUUUACAGACUUCAUAUACCCUGGUCACAUGAAGACUCAGUAACUGUAGCUAAAGUUCCAUCUUCUAGUGAGAUUUCUGCAAAAUUGCAUGUUGCUCAGCCUGGAAAUGACAGCAGGGUUCCAGUACUAAACAUUUACUCUUCCUCAGACUGUCAGUAUGAAGUAAUUCUGAAGACAUCGUUUUUACAAAUUCUUGGGCAAAUAAUAAGGUUCCAUGCUGGCGCUCUUCCUGUCUAUGUUGUUUCUAAUAUUCUCCUUACCUAUGGAGGACAACUGAGCACAUUGAUAUCAACAGGCCAGUGUUCAGAAUUUUCCCUUGAACUAGUUAGAACAGCUAAACCCUACAAAGUAGAACCUAUUAUAAGCAUUGUUGUGUUUCUGCAGGGGUUUAACUGGUUUAGAGAGAUACGGGAUUCACUCUCGCUGCCAGAGGUGGAUGCUGCUGUACUGAGUAGUCAGGACAUAUGGUUCCCCCUUGUGUCCCUGAUUCUAUUUCUUUUAGGGACAGGCAUUGCCUACUGGAGUGGAGUAUUUUUCUCUGCAUCUCUGAGACUCUUCUCUACGUUAUGGUUAAUUCUGAUUAGACCUACCGUGCUUCAAAAAGAUAACAAGUUGUUUACAUACAGAAGACUCUGUGUGAUGGGGUCUCUUGCUUUGGUUAGCUGGACCACUUGUGGUGCACUGGCUGUAUUCGUUAUCUAUCUUCAAUACUUGUUUAAGGUAAUACAACUACAUGUGAAUGUAAGAGCAGAAAAAAACACGCUAAAUGGGGAUUCAGACUGCUCAAAAGAAACUUCACAGAACUCCAGUAGACACACGGUCAAAAACCGAAGUUUGAUAGACUUAACUUCAGAACCAACACAAUCUCUCUCCAAUAGUACGACAAUUGCUGAAACUGUUAACAGUCUUAAGAUCCAUCUUACAAUUCUCUAUUUAUUCACAUGGAUUGUGCUGCUGAACCUGCCAUCUUUAGUUUACUGGUUUAAAAAUCUCAGGUACAAUGUUAGGCUUGAUCCUGAUCCAUGUAGAUCUACAGCUAUUAUCCUUGUAUGCAUUUUAGAAAUUCUCAUGAAUUCGAGUACUUCUGAAGUGAAAUCAAGUAAACUCUUGAAGAUUGCAGCCAAAGUUCCACUCCCUUUGUCUGUUGCGAUGUUGGCUUUUGGACGAAUGCAUUUAUACAAAGUACCCCACUUUGUAACUUUUUCUCUUCUUCUACAUGUACUAUGUUGUCUUGUGUAACAUUGGUUAUACAUAAGAAGAAUAUUGCAGCCUAGAAAGUAAUUCUGGAAAGGGGGUAAAUUUCAACAAAGAAAUGCCUUGAUUAACAUGAUAAUUUGGAUUAUUUGGGAAAGAUGACAGAACCAUGAAUACUUCACAAAAAGUUUAUAGUUCUGUUCAUGUUGCUUAGAAAGCUUUUCAUGGUGUUUAUUUCCUGACUGUGAAAAUUAAGUGAAUUAAAAAUGUGUGUGUGUAAGCACAUAAAUCUUAUUAGUAUAACAUCAGUACUGUUUGCCUUGCAGACACUUUGAUAUUUCACUAUACUUGUUUGUUUAAACAGACUUUUUUUACUCGGUAUGCUGUGCAAUGCAUAUGUCCUAAACUUGCGUAUCCUGCAGGUCUAAAGUAUGCUGGUUAAAACUGAAUAAAUUUCAAGCACACUGUGACUAUCACAAAAACUACACAGCCAAGUAUACUUUUAAUCAUUUUAUGCUACAUUUAAAAGCUGUCACAGUUGUGUCUAGACGAACCAGAAUGUACUGCUUUUAUAGAACUGCUAUUUCUAUCAAAGUAUUUGUUCAGUUGCUGUGGAACAUUUGUGAGAUUAUUGAAAGUCUUAUACAUUUUACUUCUUGUGAGAGUGAAAAAACAAUACUCUGUGUAGCUUUCUAUUCAGGAAGGAUUUCAGCAGAUUCAUAAACAAUUUGUUUUAAAACAUUGCCAAUUUUUUCUGUCCAUACGUAGAAGCUAGCAAGCGUUGAGGUAUGGUGUGAGUUUACAGCGCAGUUGCUAUAUUGCACUGUUUACAGGUAGGCAAGGCAAUUUUUUUCCUAUCAUAAAUGGAGAAUCAGUCAUCUUAUAGUAAAUGUCCAUACAGUAAAUUAAUAUGGAAUAGUUAAGUUACAACACUGUAAAUUCAUGCCUUGCCAUGCUGUGCUAACUUCCUCGUGUGGACGAACUCUUGGUAAUAGUGGCAAAUACUGACCAUAAUUAUUAGCUCUGCGUAAAGUAUUAUCUUUGUGCCUAGAUGCUACAGUGACUGCCAUUUAUAACAAUGCCUAGAAUAGCUGUGUGUAAGGAAUUUCAUCUCCUGGGUACGUGUUUUGCCUGCAGAAGAAAUCACACUAACCAUUAGGUUAAAAUGAGGUAUUGAUUCUGCGUAGAGAUGAGCACUUGUUUCUGUGUUAGCUGUCUCCACUAUCUGAGAUAUCUGUCAUCUUCAUAUGGAAAUAUUAUACCAGCUUAAUUACUUUAUAUGGAUAAUACCAGGAAAUCUGCUACCUACUGUCAAUUGAGUAUAUUCUUAAUAUAGCCAUAGAUCCUGACACAUUGAUUUUAUUGUAUCUUGUUGUUCUUGCCUAAAGUGCCUCAGUUACUUUUAGCUUGUUCUUAGGGUCAAUUCAUUUGAGCUGGCUGGAAAGACUUAUUAAUUCACACAGACUUUCCACAAUGAACUUGUUUUGUCACCUUAUAAACAAGUCAGCAUUUCAAGCUAUCGGUAAGUCAUUAAAACUGCUUUAACUGAAAAGGUUAUUAGUAGCUAAUCAAACCACUGUCACUGGUGUCAGUAAUUGCUGUGCUGGUCUUCCAGUCUUAACAUUUUAAUCAAAGGGUUAGAUUAUACAUAGUGUUGGUAAAUCAGAAAAGUUAACUCAAUAUGUUAUAUCCUGAUAUUAUCUAACCAAAUAUAUGCUACAGUAUUUGUAUAAAGGAUAAUUUGUCUGUAUAUACUUGUAGCUUGAUUUAACCUAAAAAUUACUGUUCAGACAUAGAAGAAUAGAGUAGUUUCUGUACUUUCAAGUGGCUGUGAGUGGAAAAAAAAUGACAGAACCACACUGGGGCUGGUAAAAGGCUGUCUGUGAAAUGUGCAAGAUUGAUUUCUGUGGAAGAUCAUUUCCUUGGUCUUCGUGAUCAAUUUGGCUUACUUGCCAAACUUACUUGGUAUUUACUGUAUUUACUUACUUGGUAUUUAUUGUAUUUUACUUCUGAUUUUGGUUUGCCAUCUUAAUCAGAUCUUCAUACACAAGCUCAUUUUUUGGAGCUGUUGGUGGAAUAAAAUAAUAGAAUAAGGAGAGGAAACAGUCUCAGCAUGUAGCAACUUUGAUAGCUUCCAAAAUCCGACAGCAUGAAACAUGCUGAAUUACAGCAGCAAAGAAUAGCACCAAAUUUUUCAUUUAAUGGUAUUUUUUAAGCUGUGAAUUUUGUUCAUGUUGUUAAGACUCCUAAUGAAAUGGGUUACAGAAUUUUGGGUGGUGAUUCCUACAUGAUUUUCAAGGUGGAGGCAGGAAAAAAACAAAUGUAAUCCUUAGUCUGAGAUCCCAGACUUUAUCACUUCUCUGUUAAUGCUCCUCUUUCCAGAGGGUACUUAUCUUCAGAGGGUGAAGUAGGGGAAGUCUUAUUGCUAGUUUGGAUUUUGUGUGCUUUGUGUGUCAUUUGCUUGAUGAAAACUGUGUUCUCAGAGAUGUGCAUCUGGAUUUUGCAGUGAUUGUGGACUGUCUAACUAGCUGUUCAAGAGAUUAGGUUUUUAAUCACAGUUGGAUUCCAUGUAUAAUCAUUGAAGGUACUAGGAGAAGUUCAGAGGACAAUUCAUACCGUUCUAAGAGAGGAUGAAUGAAAAGAUUUUAUAAAUGUCUAAAAUUGCUUUUAAGGUAAAUACUAUGAUCUUCCUUUUGGAGAGGAGGCUUCUAUUCUGCAAAUUUCUAGUUAUGCCACAUCCACCUUUACAAUCUGAGCAGAAAUGUAGACUACCCAAUGAAAGGACUUUUAAUUGACUGCAUGAGGAAGUGUAGGUAUUACCGAAAUACCCUUUAUCUGAGUAGGCUGUGGUUAUAAAACAAUUUUUGGGAAAUAUAUUGGAAUGUCUCUUAAUACAUUUAAAUCAAAAUUUCUGUUUAUCCUUCGAACUUCAGACUGUGGGAGAAGGCACAGACUACUCUGUGAUAGAUUAGAACUCUGCUCUGUAAGGGAGGAUCCCUGCUGACAUGCAGACUCCAAAUUUGUUGUUCUGUUCCUUUUCAGAAGUUGAGGUAUUAAUUUCACAAAACCACUGUACUUUAUCCAUGUGGAUGUUCAGCAUGUUAAGAUGGAGAUUAUGGUGUGUAAAACAAGCAAUUUUUGGCUUGUACCUCAGGAUGCAUUCAGAAGAAGAAUUAUUUUUGUGGCUUGUAUGUUUUUAUAAGCUAUCAGAGAAGGAGUUUAAAAAAAACAACACAACAACAACAAACACACACAGAGAUAAACAACAACAAAAAACACCACCACCACCACAGGAGAUGAACGUAGACCACCAAAUGUCACUAAUUGUACAGCAAAGUCUUUUGAGGGGGAGGGUGGAGGUAGGGGAGAGACUUAAUGAGAAUCUUUUAGUGAGAUCCCCAUAACUUGAAUUCCUCUUGAAGUCUCUAAUCUUUUUUGGUUGAUGUAAUCAAACGUGGAUUUUCUUCACGGUCUUGUGACUCUGCAAUAAUAGUAGCUACACCUGUAGCUAUCAGGUCAUAAAGGUCCAUAUUUGUAUGGUAUAGAAAAAGUGUUACCACUUAACUGGAAUUACCAAAGGUGAUAUGUUCAGUUUUCCUUUAAAAGGUAGUUGGAGUAUGUCACAUUUUUGCAUCGUAUGAAAUGUCUGAUAGUUCUUUUUUGUUUAGUAACUGGAAUUCCAUUUAAUUUUAUUUGUAAAACUUGGAGUUCUGCUCUGAUUUCUUUUGAGUGAGACGAUACAUAUAGCAAUUUAUUGCUAAGUAUUCAUGUGCAAAGUUUUUAAAAAAAACACACCAAAAACCAAACAAAAAAACCCGAACAGUGUAAUUGUAACAUAUUGCAGAAGGAAUGGAGACUGCCUGUGAGUGAGUUUUUCAACUAUGUUGAAAGUCACCCUAAUCGGGCUACCUUUAAAGAGUCAUGCUUUAGAGAAUAAACAAAACAAUGCAUUGAUACUUAAAACAAGCAAAAAGGAUUGUUGUAUUGGUUGGUAUUUGAUAUGAAGUCGAAUUCUCCAUCUGUUUUCCAGUAACAAGGUUAUAAACUUGUCACCUGGCUUUUUUUCCUGAAAUCUGAUAUAUCUACUUCUGUGCUUGACAGAACAGAAAAUUAAAGUUAAAAAAUGAAGUUAAUUAUGUGCCUGUGCAUAAAUUUAAACAUUUAAGAAGCCUUUUUGAUCAAGCUGAUAAAGUUUAGUUCAAUCCAGUAAUGAGCAGUAUGAUAAACAAGACAAAAAUGUGAAACAAACAUUUUCUGGUUUGUAUCUCAGGAUGCAUUCAAAGUAAGAAUUAUUUAUGUGCCUCUUAUGUUUUUAUAAGCUAUCAGAAGGGGAAUUAAAAAAAAAAGCAACAAACAAACAAAGGACAAGAACCUAGAGUACUGAAUGUCACUAAUUGUACAGAAGACAAGACAAAAGUCUUGUUUAUACUGCAGAAAUAGAGCAGCUAUUUAUAGACCGUCAAUAAUCAGAGCUACUGAAAAUAUUUUUGGAGGUGAUUAUGGUGUCUGUUCAUUAAUUGUGCUGCUGUUGUAAGUCACUAAGCCACUAGGAAAUUGUUAGCUAUAGAACAGACUGAAUUCCUACUGUUUCUUUUAUAUUUCAUUGUGAAUGUUAGUCACUUAGUUUUCAGGUUUGACUUUUUACGUCUCUUUUUUUGGAAGAUAAUCAAACCAGCUUUUAUAAGCACUUAGCACUGUACUGUAAAUAGUUUUAAAACUUUCAUCGCCAUUCCUUUAGCAGAAACAUACUUCUGUCCCUAAAGCUAUGUGCUGCUGUUAUAUACCUCUGGAAAUGUUUGCCAGGGAAUGACAAUUGG